UCCGUCGACUGACGAACAUGGUCUCUUAUACAUCGAACAGCGUGAGUGCCGUGCUUGCGAUGUGCCGUUACACUCUCUUCUUCGUAGUAACAAUUGUGGCUCUCAGCAAAGCCGACAAUGCUGAAAGCGGUCUAAAGAUGGAGAAGAUGUAUAUGCCCGAAGUAUGCGACGUUAGGUCAAAGAAGGGCGACCAGCUGACCAUGCACUACACCGGGACGCUCCAGGACGGCAGCAAGUUCGACUCAAGUUUGGAUAGAGAUCAACCAUUUACUUUCCAGCUUGGUGUUGGACAAGUCAUUAAAGGUUGGGAUCAAGGUCUUCUGGAUAUGUGCGUAGGCGAGAAAAGGAGAUUGACGAUACCACCUGAGCUGGGAUACGGCGAAAAGGGAGCUGGAAAUGUUAUUCCUGGUGGUGCUACUCUUACGUUUGAAGUUGAACUUAUGAAUAUUAGCGAUUCACCCCCAACCGCUAACGUCUUUAAGGAAAUCGAUGCUGACAAAGACAACCAACUGUCUCGCGAGGAGGUGAGAGCAAUGGUGAGUGAUUAUCUCCGAAAGCAGGUGAUAGAAGCCGAGCAAGCGGGCGCUAGUGAAAAUGAAGACGUAAAGAAAAUGCUGGCUGAUCAUGAUAAGCUCGUCGAGGAGAUUUUCCAGCAUGAGGAUAAAGAUAAGAACGGCUUCAUCUCCCACGAUGAGUUCAGUGGGCCGAAGCAUGAUGAGCUCUGAAGUCUUCGUCCUUCAUCAUCGCGUCUCCAAGCGCCCGUUGUUGAUGUCGUCUCAAUCGUCGACGAUAUCGACGCGCCCCGCGCCAUCACGUGUUCACCUCUGUAUAAAAUCACCUCUUCGAGUCCUCUUUCGGGUAUUCCCGAAGGAUCCAAUGAUCGAUUAUGCCGAGUGUACGCGUACUCGAACUUGCAAGACCAAGCAAAUUUACCAGCAAACUUUUCUGAUAUAGCACCACUGGUAUCAGCAUCAGAGGGAUACAAUCUUUGGGAAUCUCCGGCUCGUCGAGUCGUAUUCGUGUUCUUGAUUCCAGGAAAUUUACAAGAGUAGGUGGACAUUUUGAUUAACAACGAAGAGCAUAAAGUGAAAUUGUUUUUUGAAAAAUUCGGAAAAAAUGGAAUCUGGAAGUUUUGAAAACUAUUUGAUAAUCCCAAAUAGUUUAAAGAUUUCUUUAUUUUUUAAUUGUUCUAAAGGUGCGAUUUCAUUCAUUUGAAAAAUCACGAUUACACCCCGCGAACCAUCUUAUACGCACAAGAUUAAUCGAGAAUCUGUAGAGGAAAUAUUGAUCAAUUUCCGAUAUAAUUUUCAUCUGAACCUUUCUUAUAUUAGCACAUCUUUCUAGAAAGAUUUGCAAUUUUUAUCGCUCAAUAUUAUUUAUUUUAUUUAUCUUUUAUUUAUCAAUCUCAUUUUAA